UAUCGAAAGGCCUAUCGGUCAGAGUGACCGUAUUGUAUUGUUGAUACAUCAAACAAAGCACGCAGUUCGGAAAUUCAUUUCACUUUUCGUCCAUUUAACAAUUAAAAGCAUAACUAGCUAGUUGAAAAUGACCACAGCAGCGCGCCCGACCUUCGAUCCAGCCCGCGGAGGCUCCGGUCGCGGCGAAAAGGAUCUGAGUGCACUGAGCAAGCAGUACUCCAGUCGCGAUUUGCCAGGCCACACGAAACUGAAAUACAGGGAGACGGGCCAGGGCACCAGCGAGGAGAACCGCAACCGCGACUUCCGCAAGGAGCUGGAAGAGCGCGAACGUGAUGCGCGCUCCGGAACGGGAGCCACUUCGUCGUCGUCGGGCAAGGCACUGCCCUCCAUUGUGCGCAAGGCGAUUGAGGCGAACAACGCCGGCGGUGGCAGCAGUGCCGCAAAGCGUGCCAAGCCGGACGCAGGGCAGCAGCAAACGCAGCAGGCGGCGCAGCAGCAGGCCGCCAAUAUGGACGCCGAUGAGCCGCUGGACAACGAUAGCUCCGAUUCGGACAGCGAUUCCGAUGACGAUGAUGCCGCCCUGCUGGCCGAACUGCAGAAGAUCAAGCAGGAACGCCUGCAGGAGACGGCGCGUCGCGAGUCGGAGAAGAAGCAGGAGGACGAACGCAUACGAAUGGAGAACAUCCUGUCCGGCAAUCCGCUGAUGAACUAUGAGCCCGGCACCGCCGCCUCUGCAGCGGGACGUGCUUCUGGACUGGGCGGUGAUCUAAAGAUCAAGCGCCGCUGGGACGAUGAUGUGGUCUUCAAGAAUUGCGCCAGAUCUGCGCCCGAUAAGAAGACGCACUUCGUCAAUGACGCCCUGCGCUCCGAUUUCCACAAGAAGUUCAUGGACAAGUACAUUAAGUAGGCAGCACUGGGACUUGCUUUUAAGUUAUAGCCGCUCUUUUUGUGUAAUAGUUUAAAUACAAAAAUUGUCAACCCUCUUUGUCCUUCCGCCCCUCCCCCGCAAUCUGUUCAUUAAAAUUCGCAUUUUGUAAGAUAACGUGUCUAUCCAACAAUUGUGAUGAAUAAGAGUUCAUAAACAAUAUUUUUAAGCUAAAUACUGAUUGGUUUCGCACGUAGCAAACUGACCAUCUUGUAAGCCAUUUGCUUUUUAAGUUUUUAACUCAUCUUUUGAGCAGUCAAUGAUAAAUUUCUUUGAACGCGAAACAUAUUUUGUAGUACAUAUAAGACAUUUCUCUUGUAAUUAAUUUUUGGAAUAAUUAAAUGGAAUGCUAGCCAGAA